UUGUCUUUUAACCGUGUUCACACUUUACACGCAAGAUGGCGUGGUGAACAGUUGUUGGUUAAAUCAUAACAUGUAUUUUCACAGAAAAACAUGGAUAUUCAAACAACAAAUACACGAAGAAAAAUAUUAAAUCAUGUUGUUUGCAGUAUACUUGUGGAAAGCGGCUACGAUACUUGUGAGAAACAAGCGUUAGAAACUUUGACAGAGAUGCUACAAUCUUUUAUUGUAGAGGUAGGAGAAUCAGCCAGGAAUUAUUGCGAACUUUCUGGUAGAACAGAACCACUCAUUGCAGAUGUUAUACUAGCAUUGAUAAAUAUGGGUAUAAAACUGGAUAAUAUAGAAAAUUAUGGGAAGAGAUCGAAUAGAACAGUUUUACCGCCACUUCAGCAACAAACUCAAUCAAAGCAAUUAAAUAUUCUACAAGCUGGAGUAAAACAAGGUCACCCGGCUCAUAUACCGGGUUAUUUACCACUUUUCCCUGAUCCACAUGCGUACAUCAGGACACCGACACAUAAGCAGCCAGUAACAGAGUAUGAAGCAAUAAGGGAGAAAGCAGCUACACAGAAACGCGACAUUGAAAGAGCUUUAACUAGAUUUAUUGCAAAAACUGGGGAAACACAUAGUUUAUUUUUAACAGAAGACAACAGCAUGUUUCCAUUGAUAUCUUGUAAACCACAAUUUCCUAGUUAUUUAUCUGCUCUUCUCCCGCAAGAUCAAGUGUUUGAACCUGAUCAAGACUUUCAAUUUGAACCAAGCCCAGUGAAGAAGAAAAAGGAACAAGAAAUAGAAGAAACAGAAGAAGGUAUGAAAGCACAAACUGAAGAUACUGAACAAAAUGGAGAAAUUACAACACAACAAGAUGCUAUUGAUAAUCCUUAUUUACGCCCUGGAAAGAUACCAAAGAAUAAAAUGCCAGGUGCUACAGCUCCCAGUUUACAUACAAUGAAGAGGGAUCCUCUAGAAUGUUGAUAAUUUCAAAAAACGUAUUGGUACCAAGGCUGACGUCGCACCCAACGCAGUUUCAUACCGGAAGCUGUGCGUAUCUUUAUGCUGGCACACUCUGCAGCGCGAACGGUUUCCUUUACGCUCUGCAUGAGAUUUUGGGCAUUGCCAACAAGCAUGUCGGUAGCUUCUUGAUCUUCUUCUGUACCUGUAUUUUGAAAACAAAAAUGAACAUUGAACUCACUAUUUGUAACUUGGAAACAAAAAUGAAAAGGAAUGUUUAUAAAAUGUGAAAGUAUUCAUCUCAUUCUAUAAUUUAACUCAGUGGAUUAAUCAAAAUCAUUAUACAAUUAAAUAAAUCAAAGUAAGGUAGACAAUCUUGAGAAAAUUGGAACAACAGAAGUUGUACAAAUGAAUAUAGUUGCAAAACUGUACCAAAGGGUGUGAAAUGUGUAAUCAAUUACUUACAGGGGUAACUACUGUAGUGUAUUGCAUGCAAUACAUGAGUGCUAGCAGUUUUUAAAUGUACGUGUGUACAGGGAAUGUGUUUGAAAAACAUAUUCUGUUUAGUUUAAACCAGAAAACAAUGUGUGUUUCGAUUAAGAGAAUCAUGCAAAGGGGGCAAAUCCAAAAUAUGGACACUAAAACUGAUCAAAAAUCGUAUAAAUUGUAGCCUCGAUAAUGAUAGUGUGUAUCAGAUGACUCGUUAUAAACUAAUUCAAUGAUACAUGGAACAUAUUAUAGAUGAAAUAUCAUUUACAAAUACGAUAAAUUACUUCUUACGUAUACACAACGUUAAUGUUCACGUAUUAUCUAUUAUAUCAUCAACCAUCUGGUCUAUGCUAGCUUAUACUUAUCACAUAAUAAACUUACUGCAGCCAAUCAAUUCGUCUAGACCAUGACGAGUAGAGGCACAUCAACCGAAAACCAUUUAAAGUUUAAAUAAAAUGUAAAUAAACAUUUUUUCUUUGAUGUUCAAAAUAUAUUAACUUUUCAUACUGUUUCGAAGAAUACUUUAAAAGUAAUAGAAUAAAUGUUACUCGUGGAAUUGUUUGUCGACUCUCAAUAAGGGAGACAAAGAUGUGCAUGCAUUGUAAUGCAAGUGC